GUCCCGCCGGAGCCCGGCCUCGCCGGCUGGGGUCGGAGGGAGGUUCUCACCCCUACCCCAGGCGGGGGGGAAGCCAGCCCCCGGGACGCGGCGUCGACGGCAGCGGCGGCAGCGGCGGCGGCACGGGCUCGAUCUCGUCUCCAGGAAUGGAGACUCCACUGGAUGUUUUGUCAAGAGCAGCAUCCCUUGUUCACGCUGACGAUGAAAAACGUGAAGCUGCUCUAAGAGGCGAACCCAGAAUGCAGACCCUUCCCGUGUCCCCUGCUCUCACCAACCACCGGACAGGCCCUCCUCCCAUCAGCCCCAGCAAGAGAAAGUUCAGCAUGGAGCAAGGGGACGAUGAGCUAGACUGUGAAAAUGACCAUGUUUCCAAAAUGAGUCGCAUCUUCAAUUCCCACCUAACCAAGACUGCAAAUGGGGAUUGCCGAAAAGACCAUCGGGAGAGGAGCCGCAGCCCCAUUGAGCGUGCUGCUGCUCCGACCGUGAGCCUGCACACCAAUCACAUAUACACCUCGAUCCCCAGCCUGACCAUGGAGCAACCCCUCGCACUGACCAAAAACAACCUGGAUGCCAGCAGGACGGUGGGCAUCUCCCCCACACUGACCUCUGUGGAGCGGCAGCAGAACCGCCCGUCAGUAAUCACCUGCGCCUCAGCAAGCAACCGCAACUGUAACCUCUCUCACUGUCCCAUUGCUCACAGCGGCUGCGCCUCAGCCAUGCCAGCCCACUAUCGGAGACCCCCAAGCACUACCACUGCCUGUGAUCCGGUGGUGGAGGAGCAUUUCCGCAGAAGCCUUGGCAAGAACUACAAGGAGCCAGAGCCCGUGGCAAACUCUGUGUCCAUCACGGGCUCAGUGGAUGACCACUUUGCCAAAGCACUAGGGGAUACGUGGCUGCAGAUCAAGGCCGCCAAGGAUGGGGCAUCCAGCAGUCCGGAGUCGGCCUCCAGGAGGGGCCAGUCUUCCAGCCCCUCUUCCCACAUGGUCAAUCACAACCACUCCCCCUCUGUUGUCUCUUGAAGAGGACCACCAAGCCGUUGUCAGAGAACAAGUGAAUUUGCAUGGUUUGCCUGAGCUUUGAACAGUCAGUGCUUAAAUGGAGAAUAGCGUGGGGGGGGGGGGAGUUUUCAACAUAUGUUGUGGGUAUUUUCUUUUCUUUCUUUCUUUUUUUGUUCUUUCGUAUUUGCUUGGUAUUUGUACAAGGGUGCCCUCAAACAUGAUAGCAGGAACUAUUAAACAUUUGUCUAAUGUAGCAUCCUUACUUCCUGCCUCAGUUACCAAAGAAACCUCUGAUGCAAAUCUGCUGCCCCUUUAAAGUUACUAAAGCCGAGACAUGCGCUCAAUCACAAAAAAAGCCAUUUCAACGGUGGGUUGACCCAAAUGCUUUGUGCUUUUUAUUAGCUUCUUGAGAGUAGGAUUUGUGUGGUUUCUUCCAUGGCUUUUUCUGUUCAGUAACUUUGUAUGUGUAUACUUGAAAAGCACGGUCAUAUCUGAUUUGCACUAUUGGAGGAGGAGGAGGAGGAGGAGGAGGAAGGUUGCAUCGCAGCUUGGGGCAAGACACUAGCAUUCUGAGGGCAAAUGCUGAAGGAGCCUCUGUGCAUUUGGGUGGGACUUCUUUUAGGCAAAAAAAGCUUUGGCAGGGGAAGUCUCAUACAGGUUAUAGGCCUUUCUCUCUUUAGAUUGCAGUGCUUGGUGCUUGCAAAUGGAUUGACUGCAGGCUCAACCGACCCCCAGCCAUUUGGAGCUGAGGUGGGAGGGGUCAAUAGUGCUUAAAAAAAUGCAUGUUUUAUGGAAAAAAAUAGCUGGUAUCUAUUAAUGUAUAGACAGUAAGAAACAUAAUACUUAAUAGCUUCUCUUCAGAACUAGUUUAUUUUUGUCAGUAACAGUCCUAGAUAUACUUACUGCUGGAACAGUUGUACUCUGAUAUUUGUAUUUGAUAUUCACUUGCCUCUCAGCCAGCACAGAGGAUUGCCUCCGGUCAGGCUCGUAACGAAGCAGUUAACUAUAUGAUAAUCCGUGGUACAGGAUGCUAGAGCUUUUGUCCAGUGCUGAUUUUAAUCAUGUAUUUUGGCCUCACCAUCUGCUUGAUACAAACUCACUUCCUAAAGGAUCAGGAUUGAUGAACCCAAACUUCCGUAGAUGCAGAAACUGCUCAACUGCUCCCUUUCACUUUCUUGGCCGAACAACAGAUUAUUUACAGUCUGGGAAAUGAUAUUUUAUGCUAACUCGGAAGCCUGGGCCGAGGCAGUGUACAUUCCUCCAUUAGAGAACUUUAUACAGGUAUUACUGCAUUAUUAUCCUGCGCUAUAUGAAUAGCUACUAAAUAGAAAUUAAGGAACGAGGCACAACAGCGUCUCAUCUUUUUUGGUUCAAUGCAACAUGUCCCGUUUCUCUCCCCCGACCCCCCACUCCCCCCGACACACAUACAUACACACCCCUUCCCCCUUCCCCCCACCCCACCCACUUUCACUAUCCUUUCCACCUCUCCCCUGCCCCGACCUUCCUUCUGGCCCUAAUACAUUCCAGCCUCCCAGAACCCUUUGUUCCAGUUCCAGCCAAGGUUUGUGCGUCCUGGGUCACCUGCCCAGCCUGGCUCCACCGAAAAAGCCAGAGCUGGGUUCUGACCCGUGUUACAGUAUUGGGUCCAUUGUGACUUGUACUGUAUAUUUUUAACUUGAGAAAAUUAAACGGAAGGUAAUUGAUUUCAGUAGAAAGAAGGGGCAGGGUGGAAAGAUUUCAGAAUUGGCUAUUGCUCGGAGGGAGGGGCCGGCUGCCGAGUUUCAAACCCCAACUAGAAGCACACGUGAAAGUUGUCGUGUGUUCCCCUGCCCCUUCCCAUCCCUUCCCCUUAUUCCACUCUCCCGCCAUCCUGCUUCAUUGCUUUGGCAUUCAGCCCCCCCAACUCUGGAGGAAUCUUGUGAGAACACUUUUUUUAUUUAGGUAACUUUAAGACCAUCGUUACGCUGUGCGUAAAGAAUGUACAGAGAAAUUUGUAGGUAUUUUUUGAGGAACAAUUAAUUUGUUAAUGAUAUGUAGCUAUUUAAUUUUUUUCCCUUUCCUUUAUUGUAAUCAUUCAUUUUUUUUUUUUGUUUGGAGAAAAAAGUUGAUCUUUUUUUGUUGUUGAUUUGUCUGUAAUACAGUAAAAGUGCAGGAACACAGUUAGUCGAUGAGAACACUGCAUUUGCAUUAAUAGCCACUAGUUUGUUAUUGCUGCAAGCUACUGAGCG